CCGCGCUCGGGGUGGUGGAGCUGCCCUGUGAGCAGAUGGAUUGGGAGCCCGACACCACGAUCACCUACACCAGGCAGCUGAGCCCGACCAAAAGCAAGCUGAAAAAGAGCGUGAGUUCCCAGGAAACACUGGGUCGAAGGAAGAGCUCGGUGUGCGCGCCGCGUGUUUUGGGACAGCUCUUCGUCCUGCUGCAGUACCAGACGCCAGCCCAGCGCGUCAAGGUGAUGGUCCGAAAGGCUGAGAAUCUGACCAAGCUGACACGGAUCCCGGGAGCUGCAGACCACUACGUUGUCAUCAACCUGCGUCAGGAUGGAAAAGUAAUCGUUACCAAGGAGACCAAAGGGGCCAGCGGUCCGAACCCGGUCUGGAACGCCCCGUUCCUGUUCGACCUGCCCUCUGGUGACAUCACUCAGCUGCCGUUGGUGCUUGAGUUUAUCGUCAUGCAGGGCCGUCUCUACACUAAGAGCAGCGUUCUGGGUCGCGUGUCCAUUGGCGGCGAUGCCUCCGGGGCGGGACAGGCACACUGGGAGGAAAUGUGCAGUCGGGGGCAAACUGAGACGGCUCGCUGGCACACCAUCCAAUCGGACGUGCCGUAGGACUGGCUGAAUGUGUGAUGGUGCCGCUGGACCUUUUAAGGUCUAUUGAUGAGUUUUGGUGGCUUUGACUACAUUGAUGGAUGUCCAUUACCUACUAAUGAAUUAAAGUAUCAUUCCGUUUUGGGAGGAGACAAAUAUCGGAUCAAUGUAUGGAUCAAUGUAUGUAUUCUGUAUGACUCUAUCAUUCUGUUGUUGUGCUACUGUUUGUAUUGUGACCAGAGGCCACAAAUGUUAAUGUCAAAAGCUAUGGAGUAUUUGUCAUAUGCAUUGUAUUUGUACAAACACCUCUACUUGUGAAUAUGUAAGGUUAUUGAAUUACUGUAGGACAGGGGUGUCUAACUCAUUUUAGGGGGGGGUGCCACGCGGAUGUUCGGAGGGGGGGACACUGUCAAUCCAAGCCAUGGCCGUCUACCCCCCCCUGCCAGUUCGCCCACAAUAACAAUACGGAGCUGCAUACCUGGAGCGCAAAACUAAUCGAUAUAAAGACAACACGACGAGCCUCUCGUCCAAUGGCAGGUGAUCUACCGGCCUGGUCCCCCUGGUCUAACGCGUGCGCUCACUCACAGAGUGCGACCCCCAGUGGACUUUUUAGGAAUAGCAGCUACUUUUAGAGAAAUGCAAUUUAUGUCUUUUUGUAAUUCUCACAACAGCAAAUCCAUCCCGCGGGCCGCACUGGACCCCCCGGCGGGCCUUGAGUUUGACACCAUGGCUGUAGGGUUAUUGUCCACGGAAAAGCUGCUCUAAACAUUCACAGAUGCCACGGCUCCGUUCCAAAUGCAUAUUUUACGUAAGAUUUCAAGACUUCUGCCGAAAGUUACCACUGUAUUCUUCACUAAGACAAAGCAGAUGGAACAAAGAGGGCCGUGUGCUUUGUCUGUUUGCUAGCCAGAUUAUGACAGCAGCAUUACUACCAAACAACAUGACUGAGGGUCAUGUGUUCCCUUGAUACUGGCUUUUUUAUUUAGAUGCUUCUUAAUACAGGAGAAGUCUCAUUGAAAAAUACAAAUUAAAUUGAUUGAAUAAUAACUUACAUACAUACAUUUUAUGGAACAUUGUUAAAUAGAAACUGAAAUAGAUGUUUUACAUUGUGUUGUACUUCAGAGAGACUUGCACAGGAAAUAAUAGCUCUUCAAGCAAAGAAGGGUUGGAUGGUUAAGUUUUGGGGAAGGAGUUAUUGUGUUUGUAUUUAUUGUAUAUUGACCAUGUAGAUGCUGCUGGUGGCAUGCAUUGUCUUAACUGUAACUGUUAAAAGGGGCAAUUUUUAAGAAAUUGAAAUAAAUGAAUUUAUUGUAAGGA